UGAAUCUUUGUGAAUAAGAAGUCAUGAAAGAUGCAUCACUCCGUUUUUAAUCUGCUGGAUUUUUUAGCCGCAGCUGUUUUCCAUCUUGUGUCGCUGCAGUGACUGGAAAGCCCCCAGUCUACUGGAAGAUGGCCAGUAUACAUGUCUGAGUUUAGUGGGAAACUAAACAUUCCUUUGCUGAACAAAUGCAGCCUGGUGGGGUUAAAGUUGAAACCAGGGCAGGUAAACCUUCACCUGGCUCAGGUGUUUCACCUCAAGCUAAGAUCAACUUUAAUAUUCUGUAGAAAACCAUGUUUACAUCACAUGAACCUUUGAGCAUCCUUCCAAUCUGGAGGUCGCGCUAAACCAGACAAUUUCACCAAAACUUAGUGAAUAACUGCCAAGCCCUGCUCUUGUUUUGAAAGCCCCGCUCUUAUUUUGAAAGCCCUCCACUAUGUCUCUCAUCGUGUAAAAAUAUUUGCAGGUCAAGGAAUCAUUUGAGAAACUUCCACAUUUUAUCUGGUGCCAGUUGGAUUCAAUUAAAAAUCAUUUUAUUGAUCUCAAAGCCAAGUGAAAUAAUCUGGAUUACAGAUUAUUUAACCCUCCUAAAGGAGAAUCCCAGGAUCGUCAUGGAAACCAUCCAGUAGCUUCCUUUGGUUUAAACAACGAUUCACUGAUCAGUUUAAGUUUAAAUGAGAAGGAGUUGGUUUGGUUGUGCUGAAAGCCUCGAACUGGAGUGAAUCCAGUUCAUAUCCCUGAUUUCAAACUGGAUUCUGUUUCUUUCCACUGACGGCCACGUUUCUGCCUUCAGGCUGAAAUGGUCGAUGUGGCGCCACGGCGAACAAUGCCGUCAGAAAACGAGGUUCAUGUGGCCAGAAAUGUUCUCUCCAAGAUCUUACGCAGCUCCAUGAGGAAGAACCGCUUCAGGGGGAAAAAUGAUCCGGGCGUCCGGCCCCAUUCCUGGCACUCCUCCAAGCUGACAGAAGAGGAGUCUGAGCCCGCCGGGUCCCAGGCUGCCGCAGCGCCGCUCUGGCAGCCAAAACAUGAAGCCAGGUCCAAAGAGUCAACUAAGACUGAGAAGACUCAACACAGCAAUCAGCUCGGCUCAGUGAGCAGCAUGGAGAGACUGGCGCGUCCUUCCCAUCCGUACCCUCCGGGUCGUCUUUCUCCGCCUCCAUACAUGGACGGUUCUGAAGCCUUUUCUGGAUCAGGAGCUAAAAGAGACUCCGCCUUCAGCUGCUUCUCUGGCAGCUCCAGUCCUCCUGUUCUCCGUUCCAGCAUGUCUGGAGGGAAAGGUGCCAGUACUGAAAACAUUUUCUUUAAGGGUCUUCAGAGUGAAGGACCUCAGCAGAAUGAACCACACAGAUUCCUGCAGCCAACUCUCGGGACCGGAGGCUGGCAGGGGCCACGGGGCGAGGAGCAGCCGGUGUCUUGGGUUUCUGCUCCGGGCGGAGCCGGUGUCAGCCCAGUGUGGCAGGUACCAGAGAAGAAAAAAUCCCAGUCCCCUCCUCCUCCACCACUGCCUCUGCGCAGUGACAGCUUUGCUGCAACCAAGGUGUUUCCAUUCUCUGAAGGUCCGACAGACAACUCUUUUGAAAAGCCGACAGAAAACAACCAGAACUCUCUCCGAUUUCAGAACCAGCUGCACCCCAACAAACUCUUCUCCUUGUCCAGCAGUGAUGUCAGCCAGCCGCGUUAUGCCCAGUCUCCUGCCCACCACAGGCAAUGCAGUGAUGAAAGCCCCUUCUACCUUCAGACCAGGAAGGCUCCACCAACUAAGACUCAAAGUGUUGGGAGUUACUAUCGGAGCCUCCAAGAUCUGCCCUCUAAUGCCUUUAGUCGAAAACACACUCUGCACUCCACGGCAGCCAUGACAGGACAGGACAGCGGAGGGCACAGCCGACACCUUGGCCCUUCAGGUAACCAUCCAAUGCAGACUGGCGAGUUCAAGGCCAGACAGAGUAAAGCUGGGGGAUGGAGAGGAGAAACAGAGAAAUCCCAACAGAUGAACAGUAGCGAGUCAGGUUUCCACAGCUCCCUAAAGGCAAAUGUUAAGGCCAAACACCCGACACCUCAGGCCCAGAUACCUCACUGUGAAAAUCAAGACCAAAAUGGGGAUGGUGUGUACUACGAAACGUCUCUUCAAAGCACAGAAGAACCUUCAAAGAGAGCUAGUGAUGAGAUGAAGAGACUCCUUCAUCAGAGUAUUGAUUAUAAGGUUGGUUUUUCAAGACACCAAGACCUGUGGAUGCCUCAAGAAGAUCACAGAAUAUCAAAUCUGAAAACUCCCCUUCUCCACUUCCUGGCUCAAGAGAGUCGGACGUUGGCAGAGAGGCAAGCAGUAGUUGCUACUACAUCUCUGAUUUCCACCCAGGAUGUCUAUGAAACCACAACCAACAGCAGUGUGAAAGCAAGUCGUCGCAGUGACCGCUAUGCCACCACCCUUCGUAAGGAGAUCCAGCAGAAGAGAGCCCAGCUGCAGAAGAGCCGAAGCGCUGCAACCCUGAUGUACGAGGCUGAGGAAGAUGAUGAAGAAGAGUGGAGGUCCAUGGAAGCCACUGCUUCCUCAAAUACCUACAAGGACCAUUUAAAAGAGGCCCAGGCGAGAGUCCUUCAGGCCACCUCCUUCCAGAGACGAGACCUCGAGCCUCUGGGGCCAGAGGCACCUGUUCUUAAAGCACCCUAUGGGCGAAUCAGGGGACGUAGGCGAUUCCAUCCGGCCAAGAGGACACAUUCCUUCUCAGAGCCAGACAAGAUAGACAAAGUGGGAGUGGAUGGAGAACCCCAAAGCGGCUCAGAGCAACAGAGAAAGUUCUUUGAGACCAAACCUUGGUUUCCCAGGCCUGUGCUGAAGUCAGGUCAUGGUUCAAACCUUAACCCAAGCCAAGAUGACACAAGCAAGUCAGGAGAGACCUUUCCUUCUGGAGACAGUGAUCAGUCUCAACCACACACAGACGAGCAGAGUCCUGGAGAAAAGCAGGUUUUACUGGAACAGCAGAGACUGGGUACCUUCGCUGAAUACCAGGUCACCUGGAACAAGCAGAAAAAGCCUCCUGAUGCCAAAACACAAGGGCGAUGCCACUCAGCGGAAAACAUUCUAGAUGCUACUGCAGAAGAGAAAGGUGUUUGCAUUCAUGAGAGAUCCAGAUCUUCACCUUCUGCAGACUUCUACACACAGAAGAUUUCCUCUCAUUGGAGAGAUUCUCAAACACAGGCGAGCAGGUCGGCCACCAGAGAGACGGUAGGGUCACCGGACCGCGGCCCAGUACCCAGAACCGCGGGGGUUUUCCCAGGCGCUGCCGACCACAGAACCGAACCCAACCCGACCGGUUCCUCCCUCUCCUCCGGCACCAUCGGCCCAAACUCUGAGCCCGGGCCGCCGCCCGGUCAUUUAGGACCAGAACCCACAUCCUCCUCAGGGGAACUCCCCGUCUGCGGCCAGCCGGACCGGACCGGUUCUGCCGGUGCCGCCCAGUCCAUCUGCCCUCUGCAGCCGGACCCGACCCGGUCUCCCUCGCCUCGGUUGGCUCCUGUCAAACCGCAGGAUGAGCCGCAGCUCAGGUCAGAAUCAGAACCACAGAACCCAGCAGCGAUGGAGGCGAGCGGCCCGGUGAGAACGGUUCCGGUCCGGAUCGUCCACAGCGAAGGCGGCGCGCACCGGCGGGGUCAGCUGCCGCAGAGUGCCGAGUCCGGCAGCCCGUCUUCUCCGCCUGCAGAGCUGGCAUAUCCGUUCAGCACCUGCAACCGGCAGGAACCGGAACCCGGCCAGGAACCCCACGGAGCCCGGACCCUGGAGGAAGACGCCAAGAGAGACGAGCUGGCAAGGGACAUCAUGGGCAGGGACAAGUCUCUGGUGGACAUCCUGGACCAGAGUGGCAGGAGGACCACCAUGGACCUGAUGGAGGGGCUGUUUGCCCCGGACCCGGUCCUGGAGGCAGUCCAGCUGCGCAGGAGGCCGUCCGCCGGAUCCAGGCCGCCAGGCACCAGCAGGAGAGAAGAGGAGGACGUUCCUGUCUCCGCCUCUCUGGUCCCAAGCUCCUCCUACUACAACACAUCGGCUCCCAAAGCUGAGCUGCUCAUCAAGAUGAAGGACAUGCAGGAGCAGCUGGACGAGCAGGACUCCGAGGACGAGCUGGACGUCGAUCUGGCCAGUAAAAAGCAAGAGCUGAUGUCCAGCCUGGCCAGGAAGCUGGUGGUGCUGCGGGAGGCGCGGCAGAGCCUGGCGGAAGACGUGGAGGAAAACGAGGCGCUGGGCCGGCAGGUGGACGCCACCGUCCGGCGCCUCUGCCGGCCCAAUCAGAUCGACAGGUUCCGCAUGUUUGUGGGUGACCUGGACAAGGUGGUGAGCCUGCUGCUGUCGCUGUCGGGUCGUCUCGCCCGGGUGGAGAACGCCCUCAACAGCCUGGAGGACGGAGCGCCAGCAGACGAGAAGCGAACGCUGACCGAGAAGCGGAAGCUGCUGAUGAGGCAGCAUGAAGACGCCAAGGAGCUGAAGGAGAACCUGGACCGCAGAGAGCAGCUGGUGUUCGCCAUCAUGGAGGUUCACCUGGACGCCGAGAACCUGGACGACUACCGCCACUUCGUCAAGAUGAAGUCUGCGCUCGUCAUCGAGCAGCGGAAGCUGGACGACAAAAUCAAGCUGGGCGAGGAGCAGCUCAAGUGCCUGACAGAGAGUCUGCCACCGGAGCAGAGGCCGCCACUCACACGUUGAAACCAUGACACCCGACCAUGAGGCCCAACGUGGGAAAACCUCAUCGUGAGGAAAUC